UAUAUAAUAUAUAUAUAGAGAUUCUGGAUCGCUUGAGACGUCUUAUGUUUCAGGGGAUUUAGGAUCAGAUAUUAACUUUUGCACACCGAGUGUGCCAUUUUCGCCCUUGUCCUUUUUGGGAUAUAUCCAGUAACCUUUUUUUUUUGUUUUAGUACCUUAAAGUGCCUUAACAACUGGUUAUAAUCCAGUUUAACUGUGGCAUUGUUACCAGACCAGAGACGUUCGACAGGGAGAAAACGAUUAUUAUCAGCUUUAGAGCCCAGGCAGGAUUACUUUUGCCCCCCCUACAACCACCAACACCCCACACAGACCCUCCAGCACGCUGCAACCAUGAGCCAGGCGGAUGUGUCGACUUGCUCCGCGCCGCAGAGAGUUUUCCAGGAGGCGGUGAAGAAGGGAAACACCAAGGAGCUGCAUUCCUUGCUGCAGAACAUGACAAACUGUGAGUUCAACGUCAAUUCCUUUGGGCCAGAAGGACAGACGGCCCUCCACCAGUCCGUCAUUGACGGCAACCUGGAGCUGGUGAAACUACUGGUAAAGUUUGGCGCAGAUAUCCGGCUUGCCAACAGGGAAGGGUGGAGCGCUUUACACAUCGCCGCCUUCGGGGGCCACCAAGACAUUGUGCUAUACCUCAUCACCAAGGCCAAGUAUUCCUCUGGCGCUCGGUGAUCUGUCUCUGCUGUCAGGUAAAACAAAAAAAAAAGAAAAAAAUGUGGAAAAUAUUAGAAAGAAAUUACAUCAACAACAAUUUCAAUAUAGAACUGCAACACAACACACAAAAAGCCAGGCUCUUGUAAAAGCAAAAAUACUUCCAUUAUUUACUUAGUUGUGCCAAAUUAUAUAGUUACAAAUGAAAUAAAACCGGUCUGCACAGUAACGUUCCCUCAUUGCAAACCAAACGGGACCCUCUCUGCACUCCUGAUUGAAGCACUGCAUGGUCCACACGUUACAACACGAACCUUUCACAAAAGCAACCCGUCUCGAUGAGUUUGUUGGUACUAAAGCUUUCUUCUUGAAUGUUCCUAUGAGACCAUGUCGUCCCAAUAAAAAAAGAAACCAGUCUGUGUAUAUCACAUCAUGUGUGUGUUUGGAUUCCAGAGUGCAAAUGGACCAGUUUUUUUUCCUUUUCUUUUUAUUUUAUUUCUUUUUUCUGUCCCCAAACCUCCCAGUACAGUUGAACAGUUUUUAUUUGUGGGAGCUCCUCAUUGUUCUGCAACCCCCCCCUUUUUUUUAAAGUUAUUUUAUGUGGAAAACAGCACUUGAUGCUACAUGGCUCUAUUGCUGGAAUUCCUGAAAGGGAAGAGACGAGAACAAGAGAAGAAGGGUUGCCCUCUGUUGGUUUACCAGAGGUCCGUUUCAUUAAUUCAUUUUCUAAAUUCAAAGAGCGUCAUUAUGGUUACCCAUCACGUUUUUUUUUUCCCAGAUAUGUAAUAGUUAUGUAACAACAGCAACAACAGACUCAAUCAUUGUGAAGUACUGUACACAAUAGCUUUACUUUGUUGUUAAAGAAAAAAGACAGUAGUUGAGUGCGCUUUCAAGCAGAUCUUGCCAUGCUGGUGUCCAAUUUUUCAGGCCAGUGCGACCACUUUGUCGGUGGUCAUUGUGUUACUAAAAUACGCUGCUUUCGCUUUGUAUCAAAAGAAAAAGAAAGAAAAAAAGAUAAAAAAAUGGAAUUCACUUUAUAAUCUCCUUUCAGUAUUCUAUUAACAUCCUAGUCGUCACUGUGAAAACAGGCUGGGUUUUUUUUUAAUUUAUGAAGGUACAUUGAGAAGAUGCAUUUUUGAAUAUGUUGUGAUUCUUCUGUAAAAAAUUGUAGUGUAAGAAUAUCAUGGGUGAUUCAAGCUGCUUCAAACUCUUCAACUGCAACCACAUACCCCCCCUCCCCAACCCCCAUAGCUUGUUGACCCUGAAGAGGACUUUCCACCCCUUCCUGCAAUUAAACAACUUCGUUUAGUGGUUGCGUUUUCCCAGCUACCUCGACUAUAAAGUAUUCUCAAGAUUCAAGGUUUUGUUUGUGUAUCAUCGGCAUGCCUUUGUGCUAACAGGCAGGUGGACUUCAAAUGCACCCUCAGUCGCAAAAGUUUCUUGUGCACUUCAACCAAACCAGUGAUUACAAGCAAAGCAUCAUCUUGCCCUAUCUGUGAGGAGGUGGGGGUGGGGGGUGGAGUUGGAGGGGCCUGUGUUUUCUUUCCUCUUUCUCUGCCAUCAUGCAUGUUUCCCGUCAAAACCUUCCACCUUGCCCCCUCUGCGUCCUUGCCAGCCUGUUUUUUCCACUUUGUUCUCCUUUUGUUCAGUCGUUCAAAAAUGGACUUGUAGCGCAUGACUUAUAAACGCAGGGAGUUUUAUUGCACAAAAAAAAAAUACGGAGCCUUGUGCGCCCCCAGUGUUUGUACGGGGGAACUUCAGGAGCAAAGGCUUUGAAAUAGUAAUUACUACUGAGCAGGACCCUUACUGUUGGAUGAUGAGGACUUAAAAAAACCAACACAUGACUAUUGCAGGA